GGCUCGCAGUGUGUCGCAAGUUUGGUGUGGCCAGUGUGAGAAAGAAUUGUUUAUUAUUUGCAUCUAAGACCCUUCUAAUUGUAAUUCAAUUUAUUUACAUUGUCUCGCUCUCGACGACUCAAAAGAUUCAGGACACAUAAAUUACUAUAAUAAAUUAGUUCAUGCACAUGAAAUGUGAAUUACUAGUGACACAAUGAACACGGAAAAUGAUGAAAACAUAAAGUUAUUAUCAAAUAUCAAAGAAGAACCGUGGAACAGCGUUUCUGUUAAAAUUGAAGACAACAAUGUCUUUAUUAAAUCUGAAUCUCCAGACUAUGAACCACUUGACGAUCUAGAUUUUAGAGAAGCAGAAAAUAAGCUCAAGGAUCUCUCCCAUAAUGACAACGUUGACCUUUCAAAAAAAGACGUAAAAAAAACUCUCAAAAGAAAAAGAAAGGGUAGCAGAAAAAAAGACACAUUGAGUACAGAAGAAGCUCAAAAACUUCACCAAUGUAAAAUAUGCAAUAGUUAUUUUCGAACUGCAAGAGCGCUUGCAUCUCACGACUUGAUCGCGCACUCGAAAGAAAAACGUUACGAGUGUGACAUUUGUAAGCAAAAAUUCUCAAACCAUUUUAAUAUGGAAUUGCACAUAGUUGCUCAUAUGAGAAUGGAUGAAAUUUGUCAUGAAACGAACAUGAAUCUGAAACCACCUAAACCGUCUAAACCGUUCAAAUGUGAAGUUUGUUGUAAAAAAUAUGCAAGAAAGGAGGAUUUAGAAUCACACAUGCUCAGUCAUCGAAACAUGAAAUCUUUUGCUUGUGUAUUUUGCUCCAAAGAUUUCCAGCGAAAGUAUAAUCUAACGCGUCAUGAAAAAACACACGUGAAGAAAAAUGAGUACAACUGUGCCGCCUGUGGAGAACACUUUAAUAACCCAACUAAUCUUCAAAUACAUAUGACUUCUCACAUCGGACAAGAGCUUUUCGAGUGCGACAUUUGUAUGAGGAGAUUCAUUACACGAUAUGCUAUGCAGCUUCACAGAAUUGAUCAUAAAGAUCAAACUUUCAAAUGUAAAUAUUGCAAUUGCUUGGGAUUCCCAGAAAAGAAUCAGUUAGUGGCACACUUGCUUACCCACGAAGAGCAUAAGAAAUCUUUUGUUUGUAACAUCUGUUCGAAAAGAUUUGGAACUAGAAAAUAUUUAAAUAUACAUCAAAGGAUACACUCGGAUGAAAAUGCCUUAGAAUGUGAAUAUUGUGGAAAGAGGUUCAUAAAGAUUUCUAAUCUUAGAAACCACAUGCGUUCUCAUACUACUGAGAUUCGUCAUGAAGAAGUUAAAUCAUCAACCACUGAACCUCUUGUUCGCUCGGAUGAACAUGUCUACAAGUGUGAAAAUUGUGGAAAAACCUUUAUUACGGCAUCGUAUCUCAAACUUCACAUACGGCGUUUUCACACCGGGAAAAAUCCUUUGGAGUGCGAUAUUUGUAAGCAAAAAUUCAUUUACCGCUCUUCUAUAAAAAGGCACGUUGUCUCUCAUAUGGGAGAUGUCAAACCUGAUGAGCCUUAUUACAAAUGUCGCUUUUGCGAGAAAUCGUUUUCCACAUACGCCGAUUUAAAAGUUCACAAACAGAUUCACCCUGAAGCUAAACCGUUCGAAUGUAAUGUCUGCAAGAGGAGGUUCACAAGAAAAGGUUCUUUAUGGUCGCAUAUGCAAACCCACGUUAAAAAAUCUGUUGCCUGUGGCAUUUGCAACAAAACUUUUGUGAAAAAUUCGAUUCUAAAGGUGCAUAUGCGAACCCACACGGGAGAAAAACCCUAUGCCUGCCAAUCCUGUAGCAAAUCUUUUGUUACCAACAACCAGCUUGUCGUUCACAUGCGAACUCAUACUGGGGAACGGCCUUUUGAGUGCGACGUUUGUAAACAAAAAUACAAACAUCAGUCCAAUCUAAAGACUCACAAAAAGAGUCACUGUAAGGGUAAAAAAGUUGAAAUGUUCCCAGAUGAUAACAUGAGCUUGCCAACUUUUGAAACGGUUAAUUUGAACAGUCAGUUUAAGAAUGAAAUCCAGGAUGAGACAAAUAACAAAAUAGAGACUCAACGGGUCAAGGAGGAAAAUCCUGAAAAAGUGACUGGAAGUGAAAACUCAAUUUUAGUUCCUGUCAAAAGAGAACCUCAUGCGUUAAAUUCAAAUAAUGAAUUAGGAUUUGCAAGUGUAAAGAUUGAACCUACAGAGGUAGUAGAUUAAAUUCGUGAAAUUUCGUACUGAAUCAUUCUUAGUUUAUUAAUAUUUAUCAGAUUGACAUAAAGUUGUUUGGACUUUCGUAGUCAAGGAUAAGAGAGGAGAGAGAAAAUAUGGAUUCAGUUUUUAAUUUCUGACUUACACUUAAUUAUAAGAUCCAAACCGUGGAAUAACUUAAUGAGUUAUGGGGAAUUACAAUGAGGAGAAAACAGUGACCAAUUUACCACUUGUAAAUUUUAAACCAUAGGAAUAUUCUAAGGAAAACUUAGAACUAUCCAACUUUCAGAUUUCACAGAACGCCUGCUUCGAAUAAAGAAUAAAUAUUACGUGGGAUUUUUAUUAAAUGUGUGAACGCUUCGUUAAAUGUUGGAAACUGAUAUAUAAAACGCAUAUCAAAAGGAUGGAUAGUGAUACAACGAUGAAGCAAGUAGGUCUGGUAGCAUCGGAGUGAUUUAGAUCAUCGGGAACGAAACCGACUUUAACUGGUUGGAAUUCAAGAACACAGCUGGGCCUUACGUGGCAGUGAUGUCAUUUUUCAUGUUCACGAGAGACACCUUGUUGAGAUAACGCAACACAAACAAUAUAAACGGGAUACUCCUUGCGAAUACAACAAAAAGUCAUUCGUAUAAUUAUUCGCACGAACAUCGUGCCCUAAUCGAUAUUCGGCAGCAAGGGAAUGCAACGACAAACCUUGGAACCCACUGGGUUCUGCUUUUCUAAUAGAAGACUGGCCUUUCCCGAUAUUCUUCAUGCAGUUUUUCAUCGGCGACUCUAGAAGAAGUCACAAUUAAAUAUAAAUCUCGAGAGCAUGAACCACUUGCUGAAAACAAUUUGGAGAAGCAGAAAUUAAGCUCAAAGAUCUUUUCAAUAACAGCAAAAAAGACGCCUCCACUUCAAAAUUACCUAUGCAGAAUCUGAAAACUUAACAAAUGUAAAAUACGGAACUGUUUUUUUCUAAGUGCAAGAUCACUCUUAACUCACGACUUAAUCACGAACUCGAAAAUAAAUAUUUUGGAGCGUGAUAUUUAUAAAUAUAAAUUUCCAACCCAUUUCAAUAAAGAGAAAAAUACAGAUUCUGAGUUUGAUCUAUAACACAGAAUUUGUAAAAUCAAUAAAACCCAGGGAAAAUUCAAAAGAAAAUUCACAACUGUGCAACUUUCAGAUUUUGCAGAACAUUUAAUUCAAAUAAAGGAUAAACAUUUUGUAGGAUUUCUUUGAAAUGUGAAUUCUUCGUUACAAGAUAUUCGUUAAAUAGUUAAAAGACUCAAAAGUGAUACA